GUGAAGUUGGAGUCUGGCGAAAAUGGCGAAUGAUUUUCUAUCCUUGAUGUUGUUGUUUUACCGACUUUUUCCUCAAAAUCUCCACAAACGGAAGGAGAAAGAGCAGAAAUUUUGCUCAAAGACGAAAGUAUGGACUGAUCUACAAUAAACUUGUGAUUUUCUCAGCGCUUCACGGCCCCUGAAGCGAGCAAAACUGCGCACACAAAUGUGGUAGUGAGCCGAGGGCUGUUGUCUGGUGUGUCAUUCAAUCUGGCCAGGGUUGAUUAUGUAGGGGGCGACUCCCGGGCCUUUGAUCGCUCAGCUCGGCGGCCAUAGCUUCGUCCGUGGUUUUGCCAGUACCACAGGCCGCCAAACCGCCCGAAUUCAGCCCGAUUUCCACAUGACCGAGGCAACUCUAGUCCAACAUGGCCCAUCAUCCAAUCGUAAUGAGGCCCCAGCCACGAGCAUGUACCAGGGAAAACACAUCCAUUACUCGGAGGUAGACAACAAGCCGCUGUGUUCCUAUAGCCCCAAACUCUGUAAGCAGCGCAGGCUCAACGGCUACGCCUUUUGUAUCCGCCAUGUUUUGGAGGACCGCUCGGCGCCCUUCAAGCAGUGCGAGUUCGUGGCCAAGUACAACAACCAGCGCUGCACCAACCCCAUUCCUAAGAGUCAGGACAGAAACUACUGUAACAGCCACUUACAAGUAAUGGGGCUGGCUCCCAAGAAGGAACGGAGGAAAACCUCGAAAGAGAAGGUGAAAAAGGAGUCGGACAAUCUGCUGCACGUGGGAAACUUCCCCGCGUGGGACCCUGUCAUGCCUCCGGUUCCACCAAUCACCAUCAAGCAGGAGCCUCCGGACGAACCCGUGUUUCGCAAACCGGACCCGCCCGCCAAGGGGAAGUCCGUCAAGUCGCGGCUGCACAACAAAAUCACUCAGAAUAGACUGAAGAAGGAGGACCUGAACUGUCAUCAGCUCCCGAGCUUCUCAAGUUCACACAUGGCUGUACCGCCCCCCUCCCCACACCUCUCCCUUCACCCAUUCCACACCAGUAUGAUGCCUUUCCACUCCUCACUACCCCCCUCCCCCAUGUCAUACCCCCUCCCCCCACCGUAUAUCCCCCCCACUGUGCCUUUCAUGGCCACGCGGCCCAGGAAACCCACAAAAUGUGUACGGAAGUACCUCCACGAGGCGCGGAGGUCAGAGGUCAGGAGACUGAUGAAGUUGUUGCAAUGCAGAGAAGAAGCGAGGGUAGACUUGUUUUCAUUGAUAGAGUCAUCAGACAGCGAGGACGAGUCACAUGACUCGUUACCAUGGCAACAUUCCUGGUUCUCAGAUGAUUCUGAGGAAGAAGACUCGUCAGAUUCCGUCGACGCCUCCCCGGUGAGACCGCGGGACAAGCGGUUAGUCACGGUGCACCGCGGCCUGUGCAGGAAGUACGCCCAGCUCCUCCAGUCCCUCAGGAGAAGUGCAGACAAACAGGCACUCAACCAGCAGGAGUCGCGGGCAGUCCUGGGGUCCUACGGCUCGGACAGGAGAGAAACUGUGGAAGUGCUGAGAGAAGAGAGCAGACACAGAGACAGUGUGGCUGUCAGACACAGCCACAGACCCAGUGUGAGAAGAAGAGACGUGGGUGUAUCCAGGGUGUGUACCGGGGACUGGGAGGGACAGAAGUGUACCAGGAGAGCCCUCCCUCUCACAAGAUUCUGUGUGCAACAUGUGGGAGCUAACCCUGAUCAGCUGCUAUACCAGAGGUGCACGGCCAGGUUCUCAGAUGGACGGCAGUGCAGCACCACGGUGUUUGACAUCGCACACGAGAGACCGCUCUGUCUGGAACACGCCAGGAAAAGGGAGCUUUCACAGAAGAGAGAAGCAGACAGAAAAGCGGCCGCUGCCCUUGCCGCCCAGCAUGGGCCUCCCCCGAAGAAGCCGCGGAAGAAGAGCAAGUCGUCACACUCCCGUUCCUCCAAGAAGAGCAAAAGUAAAAAGAAAAGGAACAGUCGGCCGCAGAAACCCAUCCCUCCAGCCAAGCCUGUGGGGAACAACGACAUCUCGCUUAGUCUGGGGAUCGACACUUCUGCACUCAGCCCUGCCCCAGAGGGCAUUGACCCCGAUGACAUCACAGAGGACCUACAGGAACUGGACGGUCAUGACAUUGAAAAGUCCUUGGAGCUUGAUAUCGACGACACGGACCUGAAUAUCGAUAACGUCCAGUCGGCGCUGGAAGGGACGCAUCACGCACCAGGGUUGUUAGAGUCACAUGACUUUGCCGAUGUCCUCCCGAAGCUGCCGGAGGACUUGGAAGGUUUCGACUUCUUCACAGGUAAGAACGGGGAGUUUGUGCCCACACGAGAGGAGGCUGAGGAGCUGGAGCGAGCCUUGGAGGCCGCCAACGACGUGGUGAAGAAACUCCAGUCCAACAACGAGCUGCCCAGCCUUAUCAUGCAGGCAGACGGGCAGGACAAUCACAUGACUGGUCACAUGAUCAGUCAGGGCAGCGGACUGAUGGAUCAUGGGAGUUUGUCCCAGUCUACUCCCGCCUUGGAUGUGGGGUCGCUCAUGAACAAUGACCUUGGGAAUAGCGACCUCCACAUACGGGACAGCGGUCUGAACUCGUUUGACCUUGAGAACCCUGUUUCUCUUGCGCUGGUUUCGCCCAGCCUCAACACCAAUCAGGGCAUGUUUCAGCAGGGGCAGCUCAACAACGGAGUGCCGUCUCCGAACGACGCCUCCCGCCGCGGGCAGGUAGACAAUCAGUCGCCGAUCAUGAUGAGCCAUAUUCCCACGUCCUCGCAGGGCAGUCCCUACAACAACGACCAAAGACUUCUGGGUAAUAAUGGUCACUAUGGUAACGACCUGGCCUCUCUCCCCACCAGUACGGAGGUCGGGACACAGAGACCUCCGUGGAGCUCUCUCACGCCGAGCGAACGUAACAUGCUCCUGGGCGCCGCGGGGCAGCAGAUCCUGAACACCGCGGUCGGGCAGCAGCUGGUCAACGCCGGGAUGUUCUCCCUGCCCGUGUCAUCGCAGGGAAUCGGCUCCAAGUACCCGACCUCCGUGACCUUGGGACCAACGGCCGACCCCAUGAUGCUGAAGCAGCAGCUGGAAGGCGAGCGGCUGCCGGAGCACCUGUACUCACAGCUGCAGCAGGCGCUGAACAUGAACAUGAACAUGGCUCACAACAACACUGAGAAAAACACAGAGUCGGGAGACGCCAUCCUCAACAACUAUUCCUCCUCGGGGGUGACUUUUCCUGCCAAUGGACAAUAACAGUGUAUCGGUCGCCUUGGGAACGGAAAUAGUACCUGUGGUUGGACGCCCUGGUGGGUAGUGAACUCUAGCGCCCCCUAGCAGCAGUGGAGUACAACUGUACUUAAUCCCAUACUGGUUAUAUGGUGUCUUUCAAUGUAAACAGUCUAGUCACUGUAUAGAAUGUCUCGGUAGUUAUAGUCUACAUUUACCU